AUGUCCGUCCCAUCGACCAUGAAGGCCGUCAUUGUCGAGAAACUCGGCGGCCCUGAGGUCCUCGAGUUCAAAUCCGACCACCCCGUCCCGACCCCGCAGGAGGGCCAAUUGCUCGUCAAGAACAACAUUUCUGGUAUAAACUACAUCGACACCUACUUCCGGACGGGUCUCUACCCAUCUGCCAAACCCGAAAUCCUCGGCCGCGAAGGCGCCGGCACCGUGGUCGCACUGGGCCCGGGCCCUAACCCGUACAAUUUCAAGGUCGGCGAUCGUGUCGCCUGGAUGACCACAGGCGGUUAUGCUGAAUACACAGCCGUCCCGGCGGCCAAGACCGUCAAGAUCCCCGACGAGAUCACUGACGAGGAUGCCAUCGCUGGUUUCCUGAGCGGCUUGACGGUUAUCACCCUGGCCAAGGAGACCUACGCUGUGCAGAAGGGCGACUGGGUGCUGCUGCAUGCGGCAGCUGGUGGUGCUGGAUUCCUCAUGACUCAGGUUCUCAAGUCCCUCGGUGCCAAGGUGAUUGGAACGGCAGGUGGUCCGGAGAAGGUCGCUUUGGUGAAGAGCCUGGGUGCGGAUGUGGUUAUCGAUUACCGCAGUGAGGAGGGCAAGGAUUGGGUUAAGAAGGUCAAGGAGGUGACUGAGGGACGGGGCGUCGAUGUUGUCUAUGACUCCGUCGGAAAGGAUACCUGGGAAGGCAGCUUGGAGGCCGUCAAGAGAAAGGGUACUAUCGUUUGGUUUGGUAAUGCCAGUGGCCCAGUGCCGCCUCUGCCUCUUCAGAAAUUAUCUCCCAAGUGUGUCAAGGUUGCUCGGCCACAGCUGUUCGGCUACAUUGAGACCCGCGAGGAAUUUGAAUUCUACGUUAAUGAGCUGUUCGGCCUCCUCAAGUCUGGACAGCUGACGGUUAAGAUUCACAAAGUUUACCCUCUGGAGCAAGCUGCCCAGGCGCAUACCGAUUUGGAAGGCAGGAAGACCACCGGAAAGCUUCUUCUCAAGCCAUGA